AUGGCGGCGUUUGGAGAAAUGGGUGUGAUGUCGGAGAUUGCUCAGGCCGUGGAGGAGAUGGACUGGCUCCUUCCUACUGACAUUCAAGCGGAGUCUAUACCACUGAUUCUAGGCGGCGGUGAUGUACUUAUGGCUGCUGAGACUGGAAGUGGCAAGACAGGGGCUUUUAGUAUCCCUGUCAUUCAGAUUGUGUAUGAAACCUUGAAAGAUCAUCAGGAAGGCAAGAAAGGAAAGGCUGCAGUUAAGACUGGCAGCUCAGUGAUGAAUAAAUGGCAGAUGAAUCCAUAUGACAGAGGCUCUGCCUUUGCUAUCGGUUCUGAUGGACUUUGUUGUCAGAGCAGAGAAAUGAAGGAGUGGCAUGGAUGUAGGUCAACCCGUGGAGUUAGCAAAGGAAAGUAUUACUAUGAAGUGUCCUGUCAUGAUCAGGGUUUGUGUCGAGUUGGUUGGUCUACACUUCAGGCAUCAUUAGAUCUUGGAACGGACAAGUUUGGCUUUGGGUUUGGAGGAACAGGAAAGAAGUCUCACAACAAGCAGUUUGAUAAUUAUGGGGAGGAGUUUACAAUGCAUGAUACCAUUGGUUGCUACUUGGACAUAGACAGUAGCCGUGUGAAGUUCUCCAAGAAUGGCAAAGACCUCGGACAUGCAUUUGAUCUUCCUGCGCACUUGAAGAACCAAGCAUGCUUUGCAGCAUGUGUUCUGAAGAAUGCUGAGCUGAAAUUUAAUUUUGGAGAAGAGGAAUUCAAAUUUCCACCUAAGGAUGGAUUUGUUGCUUUGUGCAAAGCUCCAGAUGGCCACGCAGUCAAAUCUCAAAAUGCUGGAAGUGCCCAAGUGAGUCAGGCAAAGAAUAUGCCUAAUGCACCAAAAGCCCUCAUUAUUGAACCAUCCCGAGAGCUGGCAGAGCAGACUCUGAAUAACGUCAAGCAGUUCAAGAAAUAUGUGGACAGUCCAAAGCUAAGGGAGCUCCUGAUUAUUGGUGGAGUAGCCGCAAAGGAGCAGCUGGCAACGCUGGAAAAUGGAGUGGAUAUUGUAGUGGGCACUCCAGGCAGAAUUGAUGAUCUAAUUUCAACAGGAAAACUAAAUCUGUCACAAGUACGCUUCCUGGUGCUUGAUGAAGCUGAUGGCCUCCUCUCUCAGGGAUAUUUAGACUUCAUCAACAGAAUUCAUCAACAAAUCCCUCAGAUCACUUCCGAUGGCAAAAGGCUGCAGGUGAUUGUGUGUUCAGCCACUCUGCAUUCGUUCGAUGUGAAGAAACUGUCUGAGAAAAUCAUGCACUUCCCUACCUGGGUGGAUCUGAAAGGAGAAGAUUCUGUCCCUGAAACUGUUCACCAUGUUGUAGUCCCAGUCAAUCCAAAGAAAGAUAAACUGUGGGAGCGACUGGGCAACAAACAUGUCCGUACUGAUGGAGUCCAUGAUAAAGAUAACACUAGACCCGGAGGAAUCUCCCCAGAAACCAUGUCAGAAGCUAUUAAAAUCCUGAAAGGAGAGUACAUAGUUCGUGCCAUCAAAGAACAUAACAUGGAUCAAGCCAUCAUUUUCUGCCGAACCAAGUUGGACUGUGACAACUUGGAGCAAUAUUUUUGUACAAGGAAAGGACACCAGUUCUCAUGUGUAUGUCUGCAUAGUGACAGGAAACCACAGGAGAGGAAGCAAAACUUGGAGAGAUUUAAGAAAAAUGAAGUUCGAUUCCUGAUUUGCACAGAUGUGGCUGCCAGAGGUAUUGAUAUCCAUGGAGUUCCUUAUGGUGAGUUGGUUUCCUGUUAUUUGCUUCUCUCUUUUUGUAUCCGACUGAAUAGUCAUCAUGAUAUCUGUUCAUCAUUCAGUUAUCAAUGUAACCCUUCCUGA